GUCUUUUUAUGUUAAUAUAUUGAAGAUCUCUCACGUGGCGUUUUCUAAAUUUUUGUUGCUUCAUGUUUGCUAUACCCUAUGCCUAAAGCUAAAAGCAUAGUCUUUUUAAUUGCCUCUUUGGUUUUUGGUUAAAUGAUGUUAAAGAUUAGAUCUUGAAAAGAUUGUUUUGGAAGCUCUAAUUUGGUUGACUGAAAAAGAUGCCAUUUUAGAAAUGAUUUGUACUGAGGAUGAUCAAUUAUUGGGUUGGAAAGAUUUUCCAAAGGGGCUUAAAGUCCUACUUAUUGAUGAAGACUGCAAUUCUGCUUCAGUGAUGAGAUCAAGGCUUGAGAAAAUGGAUUACAUAGUUUACUCAUUCUGCAAUGAGAAUGAAGCUUUGUCUGCAAUCUCAACCAAAACUGAGUACUUUCAUGUUGCCAUUGUGGAGGUAACUGCAGGCAAUAGUGAUGGAGUUCUCCGAUUUCUUGAGAGUGCCAAAGAUCUGCCAACAAUAAUGACAUCAAAUAUCCAUUCCCUUAGCACAAUGAUGAAGUGUAUAGCGCUUGGUGCAGUCGAGUUUCUUCAGAAACCAUUAUUGGAUGAUAAACUCAAAAAUAUCUGGCAACAUGUAGUUCGCAAGCAGGCAUUCAAUGCUGGAGAAAAAGAUGUGCCCGAAUCGCUUAAACCAAUAAAAGAAUCUCUCGUCUCCAUGCCACAGCUACAACCAGUAAAGAGUGCAGCAGAUGACAAAAGUUCAAACGAAACGGAACCUUUUACCUCCAUACCAGAGAACAAUAAUGAACACUCAUCAGGCUGUGAUAAAUACCCUGCUCCGUCAACCCCACAAUUGAAACAAGGAGUGAGGUCAGUUGAUGAUGGUGAUUGCCAAGAUCAUACUAUCUUCUCAACUGAACAAGGUAGUGGGGAGCAUGAUGGGGACACUAAAUCCGUCGAAACUAUUUUUAACAAUACAGUUGCUGAGGCUACUGUCCAAACAAGUCCACCUGAGCAACAAGGACAAACAAUUUUGAAAGAGGAGAAUGGUUCAUCUCCUCAUCAAAAGAUGGAGGCUGAUAUUGCUACCUCUUCACCAAGUAACGACUGCUGUGACAAUAGCAGCAGUCAUUCUGCUGAACCUAUUAAAGCAUCUGGUCGCCAUAGUUCAGGUGGGACUAGAAGCAAUAAGAAGAAAAUGAAGGUAGAUUGGUCACCUGAACUACACAAGAAGUUUGUUCAAGCAGUAGAGCAACUUGGUAUUGAUCAAGCCAUUCCUUCUCGAAUACUAGAGCUGAUGAAAGUUGAGGGUUUAACGAGACAUAACAUAGCUAGUCAUCUCCAGAAAUACAGAAUGCAUCGGAGGCAAAUUUUGCCAAAGGAAGUCGAAAGGAGAUGGCCUCAUCCACAACCAAGAGAUUCAGUACAAAGGAGCUAUUAUCCUCUUCAUAGACCUAUCAUGACCGUCCCACCGUAUCAUUCUAAUCAUAUCCCCGCGGCUGGUCAAUUAUAUCCUGCUUGGGUACCACCGGCAAGUUAUCCGAAUGGUUUACAAGUGUGGGGUUCACCUUACUAUCCGGCAUGGCAGCCUGCAGAUUCUUGGCACUGGAAGCCUCAUCCGGGGCUGCAUGCUGAUACAUGGGGCUCCCCUGUCAUGCCACCAUCAUUUGGAUCAUAUCCGCCAUAUCCUCAGAAUGGUGAAGUUUACCAGCCUAACGGAAUGCAGAACAGAUAUAGCAUGCUAGAGAAGUCAUUUGAUCUUCACCCGGCAGAAGAGGUGAUUGAUAAAGUAGUGAAAGAGGCAAUAACCAAACCGUGGUUGCCUCUUCCUUUGGGCCUAAAACCUCCCUCUACUGAUAGUGUUCUCCACGAGCUUUCAAGACAAGGGAUCUCAACCGUCCCACCACAAAUCAACGGCUCUCGUUGUUGGAGCUGAUGUGGCAAUCAUUUUACUUUGUUCUGGGUCCCACAGGUCCAUCUCAGUUCUAAAUAAAUGGCAGAGAAUAAGCCACUUGUAUGGUCUUAAUUUAAAGACCAAAACCGGGCUUUUGUAAAUAUUGGCUUCUCCCUUUUUCUAGCCCAAUUUUGGACAUUUGAGCUGUUGAGUGUGCUCUGUCAAUUGCUUUUGAGAAUAAUGGAUUGGGUCAUUUUGGGGAUGUAUGAAAGAAUGUGGGGCUAUAUUCGUACUUGU